GUACUACUUACGCAAUCCGAGUCCAUCUUCAUCCAAUCUAAGAGACCCUUUACAACAACCACCCGAUCAUCUAGUCCAGAGCGACAACGAGCAUCGCGACGCACCAGAAUCUGCAGAAAACCCACGAGUCCGUAUUUAUAAGUCGAAUCAACACCAAAUAGCCACGAAACCGCAAACUAGAGCAUAACAAUGGAUCACUCACACAUGGAUCACUCCAUGAUGGACCAUUCCAAGAUGGACCACAGUGCAAUGGGCCAUGGGUCACCGUCUGCGGAAGCAAUGUGCAGCAUGAGCGUAAUUACUCCCUUCCGCGGCUUCCACUUCCAGCUUUCUGUUCUCAUUUCAGUACUCGAGCUAAUCUGUGUAAUCCCCCGCAGAUGCUCUUCACCUGGAACACCAAAAACCUCUGCCUUGUUUUCCGAUGGUGGCACAUUCAGACCACACCUGGUCUCAUCUUCUCCCUCCUCGCUGUCGUCGCCCUCACUGCUGCAUACGAGGCCCUGCGAUCAAUGAGUAGGAGAUAUGAGAGAGCGGUUAACAGGAAGGUUCAAAGCACACCCAGUGAGUGGCAUUUCUAUUUAUUUUGCUGCUGGGUGAAGCACGAUUGACUACGGGAUUACCUACAUACAAGUGUUAUGAGGAAGUGAGGGGAUCAUUGUGUCCCUGCGAGUCCAAGUGUUCUUUGGACACUGCUUGGCGCAUAACCACUUCGGUUCUAGGAUAAUUAAGUACUAUUCGAGAAGCUUUGGAGGAAUGGGAGAUCGGAUCUUCCCGACUACGAAUAGCCUUGAUAGAUGUCCUAGAACAACAAGAGGAUUGGGUAAUUGUAUGCAAAGCUGCAACCGAGUUUCUUGCUUCAUACCACCUAUCCCGUUUCCAUACUCCAAGCUUUUCUUUACCACAUGAAAGAGUGAUACAAAGACUGAGCAUUUUCCGCACCCCCAGCCGUCCUCAUCGAUGGAGAAGCAAUUACUGAGAGAACCCCUUUCCUAUGGUCAGGAAAGAACCAGGCCGAAAUAUCACGAACUGCCCACGUUGUCAAGGCACUAUUUUACGCUGUCCAGAACUUUUACGCUUUUAUGUUGAUGUAAGUUGCACCUACAAUCCUUACCCUACCCUAUCGUUGGACAUGCAAAAGAAAGGAAAUACUGACGGGGAUGUUGAUUGCAGGCUUCUUUUCAUGACAUAUAACGGCUGGGUGAUGAUUGCGAUGGGAAUUGGUGCUUUUAUUGGUUAUUUGAUGUUUGGACUUGAUACCCCCGCUACGAAGGAUAGUGCUUGCCAUUAAGAUCUUCUUGAUGCGUACCUAGCUGCCUCGAUAUCUGGCUGCAACUUCGGACGGAGACGGGUGUGUGUACAGUACAACAGAAGGUCUCCUGCCCGUAUCCCUUCCGGAAGGAUUGCUAUUGAGAUAUAUUUUGGGAAUAUUAUGGUUUGGGAACAGAUGGGAUGGUAGAUGGUAACUGUCGGAAAUGCAGCGUUUUCCUGUUUCUUCUUUUUUUCCCCGAGAGUUGUGAUUGAGCGUUCCGUUUAUAACAUUUCUGAUUGAUUUAUGGCGAUGCAUGAGAGGGA